AUGCAUACUAUAUUUCGUAUUGAUGAAAUAAAUCAAACUAAUAAUAGAUUUUGGAACGUAAAAUUAACAAUGACUAAUGAUAAUGAUGAACAAUUGAAAUGUUUAACGGAAUAUAUACGAAAUGAAAUUGGUGGAGGAACAGAAUAUCAUCGAUUAGAUUGGCUGAUGAUUCAACUUUAUGAAUUUGAUAAAGCUGAAAAAAUAUCCAACAAUGAUUCAAAAGCAUAUGCUCAAAUAUGUAAUCAACUUGGAACUAUUUAUGAAAAUAAAGGUGAUCGAAUAAAAACUGUUCAGUAUUAUGAACAAGCUAUUGAAUUUUAUCAAAAAACCAUCUUCAAUCUUUUAUUCUGA